AUGACUUCAAGCCAGGUGGACCUGUGGACGCGGGACACGACCGGCUGCCGCUGCCCGCACGACGCCUCGCGGCGCGACUGCGCCUGCUGCGUGCAGACGGGCGGCUGUCACUGCGGCGUGGCGGCGCCCAGCCGGUGCGCGCAGUGCGGCCUCGAGCAGUUCUGCGCCAACAUGUGCAACGCGACCAUCGACUCCCGCCAGGUGCGUGAGCGCUCGGGCAAGGCGUUCGGCCAGGUGAAGUCGCCGGCGCUGCAGGGCCCGGCCUUCUGCUGGUACGAGCUGCGGCCCGACGCCGACCAGCGCGUCGAGGUGCAGCUGUACCGCCUCGUCAGCGUGGGCCGCUUCAACGGCACCAGCUGCGAGGCGGGCUUCCUGCAGCUGGUGGACGGCUCGGAGGCGCGCGCCAGCCCGGGCGACACGCAGGUGUGCGGCAGCAACGAGCGAUACGACCCGCCCGUCGUGCUCUUCGCCGACGGCGGCCCCGCCACGCUGCUCUUCCACGUCGGCGAGCCGACGAUACGCUCGCAGUUCCUCGCGUACUUCAGCUUCACGUCGCGCAGCGGGGGCCAGGACACCGGCUUCAAGCCAAGGGGCGGUCGCAGGCUGGAGCACGCAGCGUGCGACUGGCUGUACCAGGACAUCUCGUGCCGAGAGCCGGGCUCGUGCGUGCUGGCCAGCCCGGGCUACCCCGGCCUGUACCCUCCCAACAGGCAGUGCAGGUACCUGGUGACCACCAGCUCCAUCCACACGCAGGUCAACAUCGCCUUCGGCUCCCUGCUGCUGCCUCACAAUCACUGCGCCACCGACUACGUGGCGAUCUACCAGGGCUCCACGACGUCCAGUCCGCUGCUGGCGACGCUGUGCGCCAACAAGAAGGCCUCUCUGUCGUACCCGGGGCCUAACCUCCUGCUCGAGUUCAGCUCCGGCCCAUCUGUCCCACCCUACAACUAUAACGGAUUCGUGGCAACUCUGGAGUUUGUGGAGAAGUUCACAACCACAGAGACAUCUGGGGUGCUGACUGUACAAACUACAGAACCUGGAGUCAUGAUGGACGGUACGAGCGCGCCCAGCCACACGACGGCCCGGCCGGGCUGCAGGGUCGUGCUCAUGGGGAACAGCUCGCGGUCCGGCCACUUCGACACGCGCGGCCUCCCGGCCACCAGCACGUGCAGCCUGUCCUUCCACGGCCGCCAGACGGACGUCGUGCACCUCUCGCUCUUCAACUACCAGCUCAGCUCACCAUCAUGCCAGACAGCCAUCGAAGUGUACGACGGGUCAGCGGAACACACCAGGAAGCCAGUGACGAGAAUCUGCAGCCCUGUAGUGAAACACGUGCGCGACAGGAUAGGCAGAUUCUUACAGCAACAGACAUUUGUGUCAUCCAGCAACGUGAUGAGCUUGGUUCUGAGGCGGAAUGCAGGACACCGCAACACAACUGGAGAAGAAUUUGUUGAUGGAGCUUACCUUUUCCAUGAUGAGCAAGUGGAUGGUACCUUGCAGCCAGCCACGCUGUGCGACGUCAACUACUACGGCCUGAGCGGCCCCAAGGAGGGGCGCAUCUCCAACCCUGGGGCACAGCACUUGUUCUGGAACAUUGAGGGGCCCUUGCGGUGCACCCAGAGGUUCAUCACGGCUGCCAACCAGAGCAUCACCAUUUCGGUGACUGAGCUGGCCAGGCUCAUCCCGGACCCGCACUGCCACACGCGGUGCGGAGACGGCGGCUGCCUCUGCGUCUCCAGCCAGCUGCCGCUGUCCCAGACCGACCACCUGCUGGUCCUGUCCGAGACGGGCCACACCAUCGCCUGCCUGUGCGGGGACUUCCAGCAAGAAUGGCUGCCGGUGAGUGUGCGCAGCUGGUCGCCGGUGCGAGUCGUCUACUCCGUCGCGCACUACACCUGGACCAUGAAGGGCUUCACCUUCCGGGCGGACUUCGCCUUCCACGCUGACUCCGUCUGCGGCCACCACACCCUCACCGACAGCUCCGGUGAAGUCCACUCCACGACUCUGCCUGCCACGACGACCAAACUGAACCACUUCUUCUACUUGGACUGCUCGUGGCUCCUGAAUUCCAAAACAGAGCGCCAAAUGACCAUAGAUAUGGAAACUACUCAGAACCGUCCCUGCACUGCAUGGAACAUCAGUAUUCAUAGAUACGACAGUGGGAUAGCCAACAACAUAGGUGGUCGAGUGGAUAAAUUCUGCUCACGAUAUGGAAGCAAGAAGUACUUUCUACCUUGGAAGAUGAACGUUGUGCUACUCAGAUUGCAAGCAAUGACGCGCAUGCUGCCGGAAUACACCAUCCAGUGGCACUCGCAGGUGGUGUACGCCAACACGAGGAUAUCAGGACCCACGUCGGCACCGGCCGUCAGCAGGUCUAGCGGGGACCGCUUCACGUGGAGGUGGGCGGUGCUCUCCGCCGUGUGGCUGCUCACAUAACUCGCGCUGAGAGUGGCUUCAACAGUCCGAGAGUGACGAAGCACAUCUCAAGUGGCUCGAAAUGAGCGACGGGUCAGCCGAGUUCAGUGUGUUUCCGGCAAGUGAAUUCCCACGCAAUGUGUUCACGAGUUCACGAACCACCAGGGCUAGUUUCGUUGUUGAGUUGGUGCUGUGUUGCAUUUUUAUAGAUGCAAAUCAAUUUCUUCUUACUCAGUGAAAAAAAAAAAAAAAAACCUUCCCGAAACAUUGCAGACUGUAUUGUCUAGUAAAUAAACUCCGGAAAAAAAAACACUAGAUUUUCCAUGUUUCGUUAACAUUUGACACAUAUAUUCAAAACAAGUUAAAAACUUCUAUGUACAAACAGCUAGUGAAAAUAGGUGACUAGACAAUUUUACAAUAGAAGUUCAUCUAAAAUGGUUAAUUUUUCUCAACAAAUAUUAUCAUGGAUUGCCGAGAAGAAUGAUAUAGAUGUCACUACAGAAACUGUUCAAAAAGGAAUCCUGAAAUUUAGAAUAUUUCUGUAUUACAAGUACAUAUGUAAUGUUUUAAAUGUUUUGGCCUUCGAUUGUCGGAACUUGCCAAAAUGUAAAGAAGAAAGUUUAUAGAGGACUGUUACUGCAGAUAAUGCAAUCAGCUGUGACGUCACGGAAAUCAGUCAACGACUGAUUAUGUGAUUAGUUGUUACGCUUCUCCUUUAGCAAAAAUUUUCUUUUGGGGAUUUUGUAAAAAAAAAAAAAAACUAUGAAAUUAUGAUUGUCUUAAAUUAUUGUACAUUUGUAAGAUGAUUUGUCACAUCUAACCAUUAUAAAGUAAUUUAUUAUUUUAUACAGAAAAGCUCUUUAAUCCGGGAUGUUCAGGAUCCACAGUUGUGCAGUAUUGGCGAUUUUACGUCAAUAUAGUUUUAAAGGGAAUACAAAAAAUUACUACACAGUACAUUGUAAUUAAAAACAAGUUGUUUUACAAAAAUUCUCUAAUAUAUCUUAUCGUUCUUGAACAAAUGUAUGGAUUCACCCGCAAAAAUGUGAACACAUGCAGCUUGAUUAGUGCCGGAUCACAGAAUGUGCCGAUCCCAAGAAUGCCGGAUUAUAGACCGCAGACUGUACCUGCACGACAUGUUUGAUAGGUCAUUAUGGGGAUGACUAACACAUACUGUGCUUGAACCUUUAUUUUGCUGGAAAGUGGACAGACAGUUCCAUAGUGACGCCAGUCAAUCCAAUCUUUAAUGGUCAGGAGCUAGGGUGGUGAAAGAUACCCAAUAUUAUUCAGGUGCAUAAAUCUACAAGGGUAAUAAUCAGCAAAACCCAGUACUCUCAAGCCUAUAUAAUUUUAUAAAAUACCGCUGGGAUUUCAACAACUGCGUGUGCUGACUUGAAAAACAGCACGAUCAAACGCAAGGGCAACCAAUAGUCACAGUCAAGCUCAGGUACAACUGAUCAUCAUAUGUACUAGCUUUCAUGAAAUUGUAUAAUGAUUCAUAAAUUAUCCACCAAGCCUGUGCAUGAAAUAUGCAACAUUUUGCCUUAAGGCUCGGUCUCACACACCAAACAAUAUUUUUAGUUUUUCGCCAAUUGCAGAAUUUUAUGAAGAAAAAGUAUAAAAAUGAGUUCACAGAAGUAAUUUUGUACAUAUUAUCCAGCUGAGAACUGGAAAAACUGGAAAAUUAGCUUCUCGUCAGUGGAUACAGUGCACUUAGUCAGGCAACAAUUUUAAGGGGGAUUAAGCACCUCCAUCUUGCAAUUUCAAAUAUUUUAAUACCACUUGUAAUAAAGCUUCCGUGCUAAAUUUUUUGGUCUGACAUGGCAUAGGUCUUAGCUUUGACUACUUGUUGAAGUCAACACUUGUGAACUGGUGAGAUCAUGAUAGUUGCAGUCGCCCACACGAAAUAAUAAGUUGUUUCCUCGUGACGCUUGCAGACUAGAGCCUGUUAGCAAAUAUGUGGUUGCAACAAGGUAUAGAAGGUCUGGAUGAUACGAUUUAUGCCUUGACAGUCCAAACAAUUAGGAUAAAUAGUUCAAAAUUAUAAUUAUAGAAAAAAUAUGGAAAAAUCCAAGAUGGCAGGACCUAAUCUCCCUUAAUUGUAAAUAUUUGCCUGAAUUAUUACAAAUAGCUAGGGACAAGACUUUGUGGUUUAAUUUUUAGUCAUUAUUUUAAAACAGGAGAUUUCCAUGUAAUGUUUUUAUACAUUGUCUUUAGUCAUAAAAUAGUGUAUUAUUCAACAAAUAUGAAACUAAAAUAUUUCUUAGUACUUAUUUUACGAAAAAAGUCUCUUUUUGACCGACACAUGAUGCACUUAUACAGUAAAAUCAUAAUUAAUAAGCAUGUCUAGAACAGAAAUACUCAGAAAAAUAAAUAUGCAGAUAUAUGUGUUUGAAAAAUGUGCCAAAUUCAUUAAUGUAAAAAUGUGUAAUUGAUAAGAGAUGCAUGAUGAAAGAAUGUAAUGUUAUU